AUGAGACGUCUUGGUAAAAAUAAAAAAAGGCGAUGGCAGUAUUGCUACAAGGAUAUCGAUGCUAAAAUUCAAGACGCAGAACACCACAAAAGAAUAAUUGACCAGGAUUUUACACAAGUGUCAACACUAAACAAAAAAAACUACAUCGUAAAGGGAGAUAAGAAUUCAGCGAAACCUUUCAACGAUAUCCCUAGCGCAUGCGACAGAAGGUUGCAUACUUCGCAACCAAAACUGGAGAAAAGAAAACUUAUUGAGAUCGAUAUCUGGGAAGGUUGUCCAGUUUUUGUUAACACUUAUUAUUAUUUAGAUGUACCAGCUUCAAUAAUGCCUUCUGGCAAAGGGUCUACUCUAGAAAACGCAGUCGAUAAAAAUCUAGGAAAUCAUUCCCUACCUUGUCCAGGACAAUCAUACAACCCGACUUUGCACGAUCACUUAUCCCUCAUUUCACGAAUAAAAGCUAUCGAAUCUGCAAAGCAAAAACUGGAGCUUAAAACAGAGCGCUUUGUUAGCAGUCUAAGAGGUGUUAACUCGUCACCGAACCCUCUUAAAGAUAUGGAAAAGUUCCUUCAGUCAUUAAAUGCUGAGUCUCAUGUUACAAAAAGUAGUGAAGACGUUGAUGAGAUUUUUCUGCCUCGAAAAAAGCCUAAAAAAGUGGACCCUCACAAAAAAAUGAAAAACGAUCUCGAAAAUUUACCUAAGUUGCUUAAGGAAAUCAAACGUGAAAAGAAAACCAGGGAAAGGCGAAAGUCAGCAGCCAAAGCUAAAAGCGAAAUCCGUAGUAAACUGAAAAAAGUUGAUCUGAACAUACCGUUCCAGUUGCCCAAUGAGAUAUCGUCAUCAUUGAGAAAGUUGUGUGGAAUUUAAUUAAUGUUUCACGUGGAUCAGUGCAAAUGAAUACAUACGGACUUUGUGAUGGUCCAUCAGGUUGCUAAUAUAUUAAAAAUAAAUAAAUAUUCACUGUAUCACAAGCUUAUGACUCAUCAAAGUAAAAUGAGGUUGACAGGCCAAGUGAAAUAAUGUGAAACUUAAUACAAUUAUAAUGUUUGUUGUGAUCAAAACAAAAAAGUAAGCGGUACAAACAAAAUAGUAACAAGCACGAUAAUGGCUAGUUAGAAGUAAACAUUUAGUACAUAUAAAGGUUGUUGUCUAUCUGUACUUCCGAAUUUGAUUUUAAGUCAUAAUGAAUGUCUUCAACCAUUGGUCUCUGCAGUUUGAAAAUCAUGGUAAGAUAGCUCAUACUUGCCAACAUUACUGAUCUCUAUUAGAUAAAUUGAUCGGAUAAUAAUAUAUUCUUUGGCGGAAGUAACUUUUUGUAACUUAAUUAAUCCAAGCUGACAAACAGCUAGUUAACCAUACCCAUAAGACGGGCGGAAACGGUAAUUUGAAUAACAACAAAUAGAGAAUUAGCUGUAAUAAUUGUAUGUUUAAGAGGUUAUCGACGAGAUCGAUGAAUGAAUACCGAUAACAGCGAUGCUGCCUUCCAACAAGGAAGGAUAGGGUUAGAAAAGGUCGACUCUAAAAAUACACACCUCGCCUUCUCCUACGGGUUUCCGUCUCCAGCAGUAAGGUCUCAAAAAACACAGAGUUAACACAAAAUGGUGUGUGACGGCCCCAAGUAGUUGUCACUUGGACACUGCGUUCACGCUCUCAGGUCACUAAGAUCACCUUUACCCAACUGCCUCUUCAGGUACCUCUAGAUGAGCCUUCCCAAAAGUCUACGGAACGCUCGUGAGCAGCGGUGGGCAACGAAAACAAAUGAGAUAGAAAAGGCAGUGACUGUAGGUAACUCAAGAUAGCUUUUCAGACUAAUAAACGAAACUGGAAUAAAGAAGUCAAGUGCAAGUGACAAUAUCUGGGAAAAAGACGAAACUUAUUUGCUCUCAGUCUAGACGUUUAAAACGAUAGGCGGAAUACUUUAGGGAGCAGUCCAGCUGACCUUCAACUACUCUACAACUACACGCCAUUCCCAAACAGCUUGAAUGGAACAUUGAAUUACGCCCCCCCCCCGACUCUAAAUGAAGUUCGAAAAGCUAUAGCUAAUCUGAAACGAGGAAGUGCAGCUAGUCCAGAUGGAUUAACUCCAAAGGUAUACAAGUAUGAGGGUCCAAUUUCAGCGAUUAGGCUGACUAAUAUUUUAGCUAAAAUCUGGGAAGUGGAUGUAAUCCCAUCCAAAUAGUCGCAAUCACUGAUUGUCCCAAUAUAUAAGAAACGACCGAAAUCAGCCUGUGAUAGCCAUAGAAGGAUUAGCUUGACCAAUAUAGCAUCUAAAAUACUAACCACAAUAACUAUCGGGUGCCUAACAAAGACUCGUGAACUGCAAACUCGAGAAAAUCAGGCUGGUUUCAGACCUGAUCGUGGGUGCAUCGACCACAUAUUCACCAUU